AUGCAGCAAUGUGAGUCGAAGUACGUGGAUGUCACCUUGGGAAAUCUGCAAGGUUCCACCUUGGUACGACAACCGCGACGAAGACUCAUCAAAUCUUGUAAUAUAGGUUUCUGGCAAGGCUUGGGCUCGCCAGCAACUGUCUCGCGUUCUAAAUCCUCAGUGCAAGUCACGACACAUGACUCGAUAUCAGCAAAACAUGUUGGUGUCUCUCUGGCCAGGCUGCGUGUCUUCGGAUUCAUCAGGCAGUCGCAGCUCCGGCAUCGCACCAGCGCCACCCACCCUGCGCUCGCGGCGGCCCGGAGUGGAGGUGGGAGACGUAAGACGUUCGUGACAACUUCGACGCAGCGUGCGUCGCUGACAGGAACAUCGAUGUUCAUGUCGGCGACCCUGCUACUCGUACACCAUCUUCCCGGCAUACUUAAGGCGACUGCAUGCUCAAGUGGAAGGGCCCUCGACGCCAAAACCCCAGACGUUGGUCCCCCAAGGGGUCGAGGUGGGCAUGGUGGCCUCUGCAACGGCAAGUGCGGGGCGCCAGCGAGAGCGGCAGCGGCAGCCGUCGCAACAGGAGCACGCGGAGGUGAGCGGUGGCAAUGCAACAGCAGCUGA